UAAAAAAUAAUUACCCCCGUCGCAGCCACAUUUCAGACCCGAAACAAAUAGGAAUAAUAAUUCUGUCGUUACAGCUUCAAAGUUUGAACAACCCUCAACUUUCCUCCUUUCCUUUCCCACCACAACUCAGUAAUGGCGGACAAUGAUUUAUCUUCACCUCUCCUCCAAUCUCCACGUGCAGAUCAUGCCCAAGUUGUUAUCGCCGUCGAUGAUGAUUCGGUUACCGAACCAUCGGAAAAACUUCAACCCUUCACCAUCAAGCACAAUCACAAUCACAACCACAACCACAACCACAACGACAGCAACCUUUUUUCUAACUAUCAAUCAGAUAAUAAUUCUGUCAACCCUUUUGAGUUUAUUGGCUCUGACGGGUUUUCUGUAUCGGAUCCGUCCACUUUGAAUCCGUUUCGAAACGACACGCCGGAGAUUGAUGGCGUUUAUGAGGUUUUAAAGAUUGUCUUGUGUUUGCCAAUUGUUUUGCUUAGACUUGUGUUGUUUGGGUUGUCUUUGUUGGUGGGUUAUUUAGCUACGAAGUUGGCGUUGGAGGGUUGGAAAGACAAGCAAAACCCUAUGCCCUUGUGGAGGUCUCGUGUCAUGUGGGUCACUAGGUUUUGUGCCCGAUUUAUUCUCUUCUCUUUUGGUUAUCAAUGGAUAAGACGCAAAGGAAAGCCUGCUUCAAGGGAGAUUGCUCCUAUUGUUGUAUCUAAUCAUGUAUCAUAUAUUGAACCAAUCUUCUAUUUUUAUGAAUUUUGCCCUACCAUUGUCGCCUCAGAGUCACAUGACUCCAUGCCCUUUGUUGGAACUAUUAUCAGAGCAAUGCAGGUUAUAUAUGUAAAUAGGUUCUCUCAAUCAUCAAGGAAGAAUGCUGUUAAUGAAAUAAAGAGAAAGGCUUCAUGCAAUAGAUUUCCUCAUGUGCUUUUAUUUCCUGAGGGGACCACAACAAAUGGGAAGGCUUUAAUUUCAUUUCAACUUGGUGCAUUUAUCCCUUGUUUUCCUAUUCAACCAGUUAUUGUUCGCUAUCCCCAUGUACACUUUGACCAGUCUUGGGGGGAUAUAUCCUUGGCAAAGCUCAUGUUUAGAAUGUUCACGCAGUUUCACAAUUUCAUGGAGAUUGAAUACCUUCCUGUUGUUCAUCCAAAUGAAAACAUUAAAGAAAAUGCCUUUCAUUUUGCUGAGAGGACCAGCCAUGCUAUGACAUCUGCUCUCAAUGUUGUACAAACAUCUCAUUCAUUUGGAGACUUAAUGCUUCUCGACAAAGCAUCUCAAUCAACACAUAGGAAUUCCUCAAUUUAUAUGGUUGAAAUGGCUAGGGUUGAAUCAUUAUUUCAUAUAAGCAGCUUGGAAGCUGUGGACCUUCUGGAUAAGUUUCUGUCUAUGAAUCCAGACAGCAGUGGUCAUGUUGGACUUCUAGACUUCUUGAGAGUUCUGCGACUCAAGUCUUGUAAACUUUCUCACAAGAUAUUUGGAUUCAUUGAUGUAGAUAAGAAUGGAUCAAUCACAUUUAAGCAGUUCCUAUAUGCAUCAGCUCAUGUCAUGAAACUACCAUUAUUCAGAAAAGCUUGUGAACUAGCCUUUGCUGAAUGUGAUACAGAAGGAAGUGGUUACAUUUCAGAGCAUGAAUUGGGAUUAACCAUUAGACCUGCUAUCCCAGAUUUGAACGAUCACGAGAUCCAUGGUCUUUUCAGUUUAUUUGACAGCAAUGGUGAUGGUAAGGUGAGCAAGGAUGAAUUUGUUUCCUGCCUGCGAAGGAACCCUCUUCUAAUAGCUGUAUUUUCCUCUACUUUGUUGCACAAAGACUUGACAGGAGCUGACAACAGGAUGGUAGAGAUUGUUUGAGUGUUGUGUGUAGUAUUUGUAUCCAUUUUUUUAUAUUGCUGGGUUUGUUGUGGUUGUAGGGGAACUGUGAGGGAAAGUAAUUUUAGUUGCAAGUAAAGCGGCCCUUUCUAAUCUUAUUAUAUAUGAGCAUUUCCCCAAUAAUUUGAUAAUUUAUUUUACC